AUGAAGAGAACAGGACGUCGUUCUAAGACUUCAUCAAGGAAUCAAAUGAUUUUGGAUUUUGGACAGAAGGGUUUCGGCGCGAAGCGCUGUAAAGAAUGCUCAAUGCUUUAUGUUGUUGGGGAUAUGGAGGACCUUAAGGCCCAUGCUCGAUUUCACGCAAGCUACUUGAGUCCGGAUAUAAAGGUUUCUCGCUGGCAGAAUCAGCAUAUCAUCGAGGACUUUUUUGACGGCUCUCGUGUCAUUGAGAUCUCGCUAGCCGACCGCAUGGGUCUUCAGCUCUACACCAAAGUAGCUUCUUUUAUGAACCGCGACCUUGGUCAAGACUGUCCUUUUGGUGCAGCUGACAUCAUGCCUCGCCUUCCAUCCUAUCUGCGAAUUUUUAUCUAUAUUGAGGGCGGAAGAAAAACCGCUGUUGGGUGCUGCGUUGCCGAAGAACUCACUUCCACCACCGUAGCUCAGCGAGGCUACCAGCUUCGACGCCUUGUAGGUGGUCCUCGCUCUCUUCUCUCAUGGCGCGUUCAGAAUCCCCUCUCUGUUUCAACCGGGUCGGUGGAGAGAGGACUUAACAAGACAAACAACGACAGAAUCACUUUCCCUCUAUGCGGUAUUCGGAGGCUGUGGGUAGCGUCCAAGCACAGGCGCUGCGGUGUAGGGACCAUUUUAGUUGAUAGUCUGCUUAAGCACCUCGUCUAUCUCACGCACCUGCCACGAUCAAAUGUUGCUUUUGCAGAACCCACCGCCAGUGGAGCUGAAUUUGCAGUCAGAUUUGUUGGUCGAGAGGAUUUUAUUGUCUACUGA